AUGUCUACUUGCAAUUACGUUCGUGCAUAUUUGAAUAACAAAAAUUUCUAUUUUUAUGCAGAUCCAACUCUAUCGUUUUGCAGUGAUCCAACAUCUGGUGCAACAACAAAUAUGAUUCCGAUUGGGCACCACUAUCACAGCACCAAAGUCGAGCAUCCCGAUUCAACGACAACGCAUUUGAGUGGUCACUCCCAUCAGCAUUUGACCCAUCCAACUCAUAUGCACUUACAACCGCACACACAUACUCAUCCGGCCACUCAACAACCACUAACAACGCAUACACAUCCGCACACACAUCCGCACACACCCAACCACCCACAUGUGCACUCAAGCAUGCUGCAUCAAACGCAUCCCAGCAGCCAUUUAUCCGCACACACAUCUGCUUUCAAAUUUGGUCAUGGAGCCAUUAUCACCAGCGGCACUGCAAGCAUGUAUCAUCAACAUCCAUAUAGUACAACAAACGGCAACUCGUACAGUCUACGUUCAAGCGGCUCACUGUCACCCACAACCGCCGCCUCGCUAUCGUUGACAUCAACAAGUUCGUCGGAUAUCGAUAUAAAAUAUGAAAGUCCCUACAACUCAACUAUAUCAUCAACGUACGCACUGCGUCCUGUCGCUGUUGACUCGACCACUGUCUCUUCAACCGAUGGCGAGAUCAAAUACGAUGGCCUUUACAAUAACGCGAUUUCCACUAGCCAAACAGUUUCGCAGCGACGCGGUUCACUUCAAUUGUGGCAAUUUCUUGUGGCACUGCUGGAUGAACCCACAACAAGCUCAAGUUGUAUCGCUUGGACGGGUCGCGGCAUGGAGUUCAAGCUCAUUGAACCAGAGGAAGUAGCACGUCGUUGGGGCUUGCAGAAAAACCGACCUGCAAUGAAUUAUGAUAAGCUGUCGCGGAGUCUACGUUACUACUAUGAAAAAGGCAUUAUGCAGAAGGUCAAUGGCGAACGUUACGUAUACCGCUUUGUAUGUGAUCCUGAGGCGCUAUUCAACAUGGCCUAUGGCCAUUUGGCCAGUGCAACAAACAACGCGCCAACUACAUUGAAAAAUGAUCCCCACACGCACAUUUUGUCCACUGCAGCAGCAGCGGCGGCAGCGGCAGCAGCAGUAACUCUUACAGCGUCGAAGAAUCUAUCACAGCCGAAUAACAGCGUUGACUUAUUGAGCCGGAAUGAGUUGGCUAUGAAUGUAGAUCAGGCGAUGGAACACAGCGAAAGUGAAAGAGAGAGGAGAGCCAAUAACGAUAGUCUAUUCUAUAGCAGUCCACUCCAAAAAUACUAAAAACUUGAAUGCAAACACGUAAUAUAAGUAUUUAAAAAUAUUAAGUACUAAAUAUGUAUGUAUGUAUUAUAUAUGUAUGAUGUAAUGGCUGUAUUUUAGAUAAUUGUAUGAUACGACUAUGUCAAGCAGUGAAUAAAGUAAAUAGAAUGUUUUAAAAUAAAACAUUUGAUUUAAAGUCCCAAAAUGGGAACGUUACAUAAACUUUAUUGCAGUUUUUGCUAAAUUUACACAAAUACAUAUUCGAAUAGUUUACAAUACAUACAUAGGUUCAACAUUCAGAAAUUUUAAAUUGACUAUUAAUACAUGUACAUACAUAUGUAUUUCUAUGCAAACAUACAUAUAUACAUAAGUAUACCCCAUAGCAACUAUAAUGCCGAAUUUCAACUACUCAUUGAAAUGACAACAAAUUUAUGUCAUUUAAAAAUGCCACGUGAAAAAAAUGUAUAAUGGCUGUUUUUAUGAACGCUAUGGCCCACGGACGUCUCCAUAUAAGCUGCGUACUAGAGCGGUACUAUAAGUUCGCCGAAAUUUAGAAAAUAUAUGCUCCAUUCUCCACUUAGGAAUGAAGAAAUGUUGAAAAUGGUAAAAGUGCACUCACUGCCACGCCCACAGGCUCUUGUAGGCGGAAAUGUUACUUGCUAUUCGUGUUUUAUGAAACGCAGAGUAUAUGAUGGCUUUAACUAGAAAAGCAUAAAUCCGAAAGAACAUCAAACUCGGUUAAUACUAUCGUCCACCAAGUCCACCAACUUGGAAUAUAUUAAAGAGUUUCUCACUAUGACGCCCAACUCACGCAUAACCUUUUUGGUUCCCAAGUACUAAAUUUUAUGAACUUCGGAGAAAAUUAACAAACACAUUUAUUAUAUUUCCAAAACAGUUUCUUUUUUUCUUUUUUAAAAAGACAAAACGAAAACAUUUACAAUAACUGCAUACAAAAUGAUGUGCAUUGUAUGGCUUUGCACAUAAGCCCUUAAUUCUACCCACAUUUUAUACAACAAAAGCUGAGCUAAGACCAACAGCACUUUUGCCAUCGUAAAUGGAUCUCGUCCACAGACGCGUUAACUUUUGGCUGAAUGCUGAAUCUGAUUAAUAGUCAUAAUAUCUACACCUUCUUCCAUUUCCAUUUUAUAUUGCAUAUUAUUCAUUUUAUGUUGUCCUUCAGCUGUACAAUGAAAAUUCAAUAAAUUUUACAGGAGGUGUUGCCCUAAGAAUAAUUCAUAUCGCUUUCUACAACCUUUUUAAAUAUCCUUUUUUUUAAAGUAAGCACUAGAAAAAUUGUAUACUUACUCAAAAAUGUGUGUACAUACAUAUGUACACACAUAUGGUAGAGUUUCAAGUGAAACUGCCUUAUGAAUUUCAGUAGAUAGUAGCUCUGAUCCAAUACUUUUCCUGUAAAAUCCUGUAAAAAUGUCAAACAGCAAAACUACUCUCUGAAGUGAGAGUAAAAAGUGAGU